AUGACAGAAGCGACCAAGACCCCGCCCCGCCACGCCACCCUCGACCUCCCCCCUCACGCGCCUCGCAACCUCCGACUACUGAUCCUGCUCGCUGACACGCCUCUUCCCGCGGUCGUCAAGCGCAGUGGAGAUUACCACCAGAUCUUCGCCAGGUUGUUAAGGUCGUCUAUCGAGGUUGCAAAGGCUGAGCAAGGCGCGGAGGGGAGUGCGAAUGGAGCGCGGGAGUCGAAGAAGUUGGAGGUGCAGAGUUACGAUGUUGUGCGGGGCGAGUUUCCGAGUGAGGAGGAGGUUCGGAGUGCGGAUGGGGUGCUGAUUACGGGUAGUGCCGCCUCAGCCUACGAACCCCUCCCCUGGAUCACGCACCUCGUCUCCUUCACCUCCUCCCUCCCCACUCUCAACCCCUCGCUCAAACUGAUCGGCAUCUGCUUCGGCCACCAAAUCAUCGCGCGGGCGUUCGGGUCCAGCGUGGAGAGGAACGAGAAAGGGUGGGAGAUUGGGACGCGGAGGAUUGGGUUGACGGAGAGGGGGAGGGAGGUUUUCGAGGGACGAGGGGAGAUUGCCGUCCACCAGAUGCACCGCGACCACGUCCCCUCUCUCCCGCCCUCGUUCGAGUUGCUCGGCUCGACACCCGCCUGCGCGAUCCACGGCAUGGUCCGACUCGCCGACGCCUCUGCGCCGUUCUCUCACACCAACAUCUCUGCCGUGACGCUCCAAGGACACCCCGAGUUUGACAGCGAGAUGGUCAACACGAUCAUUGACGCGCGCGAGGCUGGCGGGGUCAUCUCUCGCGAGGUGGCGGACGAGAGUCGCGAGUGUGCGGGUGAGCGGGACGACGGUGUGUGGGUUGGGCGAGUGCUGCUGAGGAUGUUUGGGGUGUGA